CCCGGCGGGCCGCGCGCGGCCGCUUUUGAAUGGCUCUGAGUGGGGCCCGGGACCCGAGGGACGCUCUAGGCUGCCGGCGCGGUUUGUCAGCGCCAGGGUUGGGCUGAGGCGCCGCGGUACCAUGAGGCGCUGGUAUUUAAGAGAUUAUGGCAUCUGAAACCUACAAUGUUAAAAAACGGAACUUCUGUAAUAAUCUUGAGGAUCAUUCCAUUGAUCUUCCUAGAAAAAGGAUCUCUAAUUUCACUAAAAAGAACAUGAAGGAGGUUAAGAAAUCUCCAAAACAGUUGGCUGCUUACAUAAAUAGAACAGUUGGACAAGCUGUGAAAAAUCCAGAUAAACUGCAUAAGGUGAUUUAUCACAGAAAGAAAGUUCGUCAUUCCUUUCCAAGUCCUUGUUACAGAAGAAAACAGUCCCCUCGAAGUGGGGCCUGUGACAUGGCAAAUAAAGAAAAUGAACUGGCUUGUGCAGGCCACUUGCCUGAAAAAUUGCACCAUGAUAGUCGAACAUAUUUGAUUAACUCCAGUGAUUCUAGUUCUUCACAAACAGAAAGUCCAUCAUCAAAAUACAGUGGUUUUUUUUCUGAGGUGUCUCAGGACCAUGAAACAAUAGCUCAAGUUUUGUUCAGCAGGAAUUUGAGAUUGAAUGUAGCUUUAACUUUCUGGAAAAAGAGAAGUAUAAGUGAACUUGUAGCUUAUUUGGUGAGGAUAGAAGAUCUUGGAGUUGUGGUAGAUUGCCUUCCUGUGCUCACUAAUAGUUUACAGGAAGAAAAACAAUAUAUUUCCCUUGGCUGCUGUGUAGAUUUGUUGCCUCUAGUAAAGUCACUGCUUAAAAGCAAAUUUGAAGAAUAUGUAAUAGUUGGUUUAAACUGGCUUCAAGCAGUCAUAAAAAGAUGGUGGUCAGAACUAUCAUCCAAAACAGAAAUUAUAAAUGAUGGAAAUAUUCAAAUUUUAAAACAACAGUUAAGUGGAUUAUGGGAACAAGAAAACCAUCUUACUUUGGUUCCGGGAUAUACUGGUAAUAUAGCUAAGGAUGUAGAAGCUUAUUUAUUACAGUUGCAUUGAGAGAUUUCAUCUAUUAAAGACCACUUGGUUUUUUGAAACAUCCCUGGACUAUGAUUUACUAAAAAGACCUCCUCUGAGAAAUGUGAACUGUGGAAGAAAUCAAAAACACUUUUCUUUUUAAAAAGCCACAUAGUGAAACCACUAAUAAAGCCCUAACAAUCUACUUCACAUUGAAGUGGAAAAAUAUCCAAAAGGAGCAGCUUCAACUUCAAUGAGGUGAAAGUGCACUAUGAAGAUUGUUCACCUUUGCUGCAUUUGGGAUUUAUAUGGUUAUUUGGUAACAUUGUUUAAGAACUACUGGGUCUUAAUGCAAUCUUGCGUAAGAAUAUAAUUUAUACUAUGUGAAAAAAUAAGAUGGGACUUAUUACCAGAAACUACAAAGACCAAUCUACACAUUUUUUAAGAUUUGUUUUAUGAAAAAGCACAUAAAUGUGUGCAGCUAUUUUCUUAUGUUGAAAAGACUCAACGUUAAAAACAUCAUAGUAAAAAAUCAAUAUUAAACAUUUUUGUCCACACUGA